AGCUCUUCAAUUCUUCAACUCUUCAACUCCAUUGUUUGCGCCAUGUCUGCGAGAGAAGCACUGCUGUCGGUCCUUGCCGAAGCGGCAUCACAGGAACAGGCUCGCAUGAGGCAUGCUGUAGCACAGCUGCAACAUUGGGAAACUACUCCACAAUUUAAUGCCACGCUCCAGGAUAUAUUUUAUGACAAGUCCAUUGAUACCAAUAUUCGAUGGCAGGCUAUCAUCUAUCUCAAGAAUGGCAUUGAGAAAUAUUGGCGAAAGACUGCCAAAAAUGCAAUUGCUUCUGAGGAAAAGGCUGCUAUUCGAUCGCGCCUAUUAUCCGCAUUGGAUGAGGAACAAAAACCUCUUGCAACCCAGAAUGCUGUUUUAAUUGCCAAAGUUGCAAGGAUUGAUUUCCCAAUGGAAUGGCCAGAUCUAUUGUCAAUUCUCUUGGGAAUUAUUCGUUCAUCCACAGCCAAUGAAUCAGACCCAAGAGCCCGUCUUAUUCAGCAACGGUCACUCUACACUCUUCAUCUUGUUGUUAAAGGACUCAUUUCAAAGACAUUGGCGGCUGGAAGGAAACAAUUUCAACAAGCAGCACCAGAACUCUUUUCUAACAUUGUCGACACCUAUGUCCGCUAUAUCGAUCAACUCUUUGCCACCAACACCACAAACAUUGAGAGUCUUUCUGGGUGCUUGGAGACAUCGCACUUGGCUCUCAAAUGUUUAAGAAGAGUUGUCGUACACGGAUUUCCCGAAUUCUCUACGUCUGACGGCCCUAUUACAUUCUUUAGAUUGGCAUUAGAGCACCUUCAAAAGUUUAUGGGUUACAAGGAAUCGAUUCCAGAGCAAUGCUCGUUUUUAAUUACAUCAGUGGAUUCUCAUAUCAAAUUGAUUGGCAAAUUUUAUCUGGAUCUCAUAGAUGUACAUCCAAGACAAUUUAUUCUGACACCUGGCGCAGGCGAUGUCCUUCGAUUCUACUGGGGAUUACUUGCCAGGAAUGGAGGCGAUAAUAAUGCUACGCUCUCACAGACCACACUGAUUCAAGCAUUACUCUUAAUCAAAAAAACGCUUAAGGACCCGCAGUUCAUUCUUUCUGAUAAGGACCCUGAGCCUGUUGUUGUCCAGUGCAGACACAUCAUUGAAAACGAAUUUAUGACCUCAGAGACUACCAAUAGACUGGCUGAAAUUUUGGUUACCAAAUACAUGCGCUUGACUGAGGGCGAUUUGGAGGAAUGGGAUAACAAUCCUGAAGAAUGGGCUUUGGAAGAGGAAGUGGACGCUUGGAAAUAUCAACUCAGGCCCUGUUCUGAGAAAGUAUUCAUGGUCUUACUGUCGAGUCAUCGUGCACAGCUCAGCCCCCUUCUAGUUAAUUUAGCUGGAUCAACUGCAAACAUGACCGAUUUGUUCUUAAAGGACUCGAUUUACUGUGCCAUUGGAUUGGGAUCGCACGAUUUGUACAACGCUAUUGAUUUUGAGAGCUGGUUGAAGGGACAGCUUGCUCAUGAGGCUCAGAAUCCUAAUCCAAGUUAUCGCAUUAUUCGACGACGUAUUGCAUGGAUGAUUGGCAAGUGGGUUAGUGUCAAUGUUUCAAAACCAGCACGUCCAGCUGUUUAUACAAUCAUGCUGCAUCUCUUAAGACCCGAAGAACAUCUGGCAGUUCGACUUUCUGCAGCACAAAAUUUGAAGGCAUGUAUCGAUGACUGGGAUUUCGAUCCUACUGGGUUUGCGCCUUUUUUGGAGCAGUCUGUCCUGGGACUGAAGAAAAUUAUGAGCGAAGUCGAGGAACCAGAUACAAGAAUGAGAGUGUUGAAUUGCAUGUCGAUGAUUGUGGAGCGUAUGGACGAGCAUAUUGCCCCCUAUGCGCAGCAGAUUAUUGAGCUCUUGCCUCCACUUUGGCAAGCAGCCGCGGAUCAAAACUUGCUUCAAUCGGCGAUUUUAGUAAUCAUGACCAAGCUGGUUGAGUCUUUAAAAUCACAAUCAAUUGGCCUCCAUGCUCUUGUUAUGCCGUUAAUUCGCCUUAGUGUCGACCCAUCACAUGAAGCACAUGUUUACCUUAUGGAAGACGGCUUCGAACUUUGGUUAGCAACUCUGAGGACCGCGCGCCAGUCAACAGACGAGCUCAUGUCUCUUGUUCCAGCUGCUGUCAUACUACUUGCUGAGGGUAUGGACCAUUUGCGCAUAAUGCUCAAGAUUUUGCAGAGCUAUCUGAUGCUUGAUGCUGAAAGAACUUUCCAGAUUGCAGGAAAUAAUCUCAUUAAUGGUGUUGCAGCACUUUUGGGAGAAGGGCUUCGAUCCGAGGCUAGUGUAUCUAUCAUGCAAUUCAUGGAUAUUACCGCAUUAACCUGCCCUCUUCAAGUUACAGGAGAACUUUAUAUCUCUUCAGGACUGAUCAACAAAGUUCUCAAUAUAAUUAUGGCUAAUAAGGAAACAAAUGUAGUCUUGACCCAAUACCUCUGCUUCAUUGCACGGCUUGCUGUUGAUAACUCUGGUUACUUUUCUAAUGUAGUCAAUAAUGCUAGCCACCAGUUUGGCCAGGCUCAUCUUUUAAGCUCCUUCUUGGAGCUCUGGACAGAGAAGUUUGAUAAUGUGUCACAUCCCAAGCACCGCAAGCUUCAUGCAAUGGGCCUGACAGCCAUGAUUCGUACUACGGAUUCCUCGGUCUUGAAGCAUCUGCCUCGUUUAAUUGGCAUCUGGGGAGAUGUUUUGAACGAAGUAAAUGAGAAUGGCACUGGCGAUUCACUUGUUUACUGGCGCGAGGCACAGGACGAUGAAGACGACGCCUCAGAAGAGACAGCGGAAGUUAUUCGACGACGUGAGCUUUUAAAGCAUGAUCCAGUUCACACUACGAACUUUGCUCAAUAUGUUAAAGCCUCAAUCUUAGAAUGUGAGCUUAUAAAUGGAGGAGCUACUGCCUUCCAACAGCAGUACCUUUCCAAAGUCGACCCGUUGAUGUUAGAAGGCUUGAUGUCAUUAUUGAGAUAAAUAAAUAAAACAAAUAGAAUUUAUAAUAAAAUAGUG